AUGGCGACCCCAGUGAGGGAUGAAACAAGAAAUGUUAUUGACGACAACAUUUCUGCGCGGAUUCAAUCGAAAGUCAAAACAAAUGAUACUGUCAGACAGACGCCAUCAUCAUUAAGAAAAGUUUCUAUUAAAGAUGAACAGGUGAAACAAUAUCAAAGAAACUUAAAUAGGUUUAAAACCAUACUAAAUGGUUUAAAGGCAGAAGAGGAAAAACUUUCUGAGACUGAUGAUAUUCAGAUGCUAGCUGAAAAAUUAUUAAAACUCGGAGAAACCAUUGACAAGGUUGAGAAUAGGAUUGUGGAUCUAGUUGAAAAGAUACAAUUAUUGGAAACAAACGAGAACAAUAAUAUAUUACAUGAACAUAUAGAUGCUACAGGGACUUACUAUUUAUUCGAUACGUUAACUUCAACCAACAAAAGAUUCUACCCUAAGGAUUGUGUUUUUGAUUAUAGGACUAAUAAUGUCGAGAACAUUCCUAUUCUCUUAAACAAUUUUAAAAAAUUCAUCAAGAAAUAUCAAUUUGAUGAUGUCUUUGAAAAUGAUAUCAUAGAAAUCGAUCCUCGUGAAAAUGAAAUCUUGUGCAAGAUAAUCAAAGAAGGACUCGGUGAAAGUUUAGAUAUCAUGAACACAAAUACAACUGACAUUUUUAGGAUAAUCGAUGGUUUAAAAAACAAAUAUAGAAGUUUACAUGGUAGAGAUGUCAGAAUUAGAGCCUGGGAAAAGGUUUUGGUUGAUACAACAUGUAGAAAUUCCGCAUUGUUAAUGAAUAAACUUCAAAAGUUGGUACUAAUGGAAAAAUGGAUUUUUUCUAAAUGCUGCCAAGAUUGUCCUAAUCUAAAGGAUUACCUACAAGAAGCUAUCAUGGGAACCUUACAUGAAUCCUUAAGAAAUUCUGUGAAACAACGUUUGUACAACAUUCCACAUAACGUAGGAAUUAAUCACGAAGAAUUUCUAAUCAAUACUGUUAUUGAAACAGUAAUUGAUUUGAGCCCAAUUGCAGACGAUCAAAUAGAAAAUAGCUGCAUGUAUUGCAAAUCUGUUUUCCAUUGCUCAAUUAACUGCAAAAAGAAACCAAAUAGGGAACUUAGGCCUGACUCGACCAAUUUCUCAAAAACCUAUUAUCUACAAGGUGCACAGAGACAACAACAACUUAAGUCCAGUGCAAAACGAACAAAAGUCUUGGAACAAGACACAAAAAAAGUCAAACAAAGUGUACAACAGCAAAAAACUGGUAAUUAUUGA